GCUAAUUCACUAUUCACUGGAUAAUGUAGCGUACUGUACUGAUUAAUCUCGCUCGUUCGCUCCAGCAUAUCCAGCUUUGCCUUUAUAUUGCCGUUGCUAACUACUCCAGCUUAGGCAGAUCCAGCAUCCAGGCGGCUACUCGAUUCAAUCCGCGGCGAGAGUGAGGAUGGGUGGCAGCGCCGCCGCCGCCGCCGCCGACGCCGUCCUCCGGCAGCAGCAGCCGCCGUGGCCCUUCGUCGCGUUGGUCAUCGUCGGCGCCAUCCACGUCGCGGCACUCGCCUUCCGCCUCGCCUCCCACCUCUGCCUCUGCCUGCGCCGCCCGCGCGACCUCCGCCGCCGCUACGGCGCCUGGGCCGUCAUCACGGGGCCAACGUCCGGCAUCGGGCGCUCCGUGGCGCUGGAGCUCGCCCGCCGGGGCCUCAACCUCGUCCUCGUCGGCCGCGACCCGGCCAAGCUCCGCGACGUCUCGGAGGCCAUCUCCAAGCUGGGCGACGGAGGCGUGGAGACCAGGAGCGUGGUGUUCGACCUGGCCCUGGCGUCCACCGCGGAGGGGGACGAGGCGGUGCGGCGGCUGCGGGAGGCGGUGGCGGGGCUGGACGUCGGGGUGGUGGUGAACAACGCGGGCGUGGCGCGGCCGUGCGCGGUGUACCUGCACGAGGCGGAGGCGGAGGCGUGGGUGAGGAUGAUACGGGUGAACCUGUGGGCGGUGACGGAGGUGACGGCGGCGGUGCUGCCGGGGAUGGUGGCGCGGGGGAGGGGCGCCGUCGUCAACAUCGGCUCCGGCUCCACGGAGGCCAUCCCUUCCUUCCCACUCUACUCCGUCUACGCCGCCACUAAACGGUACGUUGCUGAGUUCUCGAGGAGCCUUUACGUGGAAUACAAGAGCAAAGGAAUCGACGUGCAAUGUCAGGCUCCGCUGUUCGUGGCGACCAACAUGACCUCCGGCGUCGCGAAGGCCGGCGGCGGCGGCGACGACGCCGCCGCCAAGGGGAGCAAGCGGCGGCAGCGGCGGUGGCUCUCGCCGCUGUUCGUGCCGACCGCGGACGCCUACGCGGCGGCGGCGGCGCGGUGGAUCGGGCACGGCGCGGUGUGCAUGCCCAACCUCUGCCACCGGCUGCAGUGGUGCGUGUCCCGCGCCGUGCCGGACGCCGUCCACGACCGUGUCCGCCUCCGGGAGAACCUCCGCCAGAGGGCCCUCUUCCAGCGGCUGCGUCGCCGGCCGCCACCUCCUGAUGAUCAACCAAAGGCAAAGAUCGAUGGUUGAUUGGUCAUUGGUUUAGUUAGCUCGUUAGCUAGCCUCGCGCGCUGCAUAUGUAGCUAUAGCUAUAUAGCUAGCUCGUUGGGUGUUUCUGCCUGAGCUCUCUGAUGAGUGAUGACUGAUUGAGCAGAGGUGUAAAACUAGCGUAAUUAUAAAAAAAAUAAAUAAGCCGAACAUUAAAAUUGGGCAUGGAAACUCAUGAUUGAAACCGAAGUAGUAGGUUCUAAUCUGUGAGUAUUAAUUAAUUAGCCAAAAUCAUGUGUUCCGUUGCAUGCA